CUUAUUUAAUUAAACCAAAUUUCUUUAGCUUCGUUGUUCUAUCUGUCCUUUGUUGUAUAUUUUGAAAGCUGAUAAUCUGCUGAACGUCAUAUAUAAAAAACACUUAUAUAUGAUACUAUUAUACCAUUAGCAAAACCUCACUUUAUUUAUUCAUUGUUUAUAUCCAAUCACCAAAGCUGGAAACAGCGUAUAAAAAUAUAUAUCACAACUCAAUUGUCUGACAAAAAUAACAACAACUUUGAACAGUUUCAAAAGUAUGCACAAGAUAUCAGAAGUGCUGGAAGAAAUAUCACUUAUUGAAAAAGAGAUAUUAGAAAAUGACGCAAGCAAAAAAAUACAGCAGGUGAAUGAAUUCCUGGACAGAGUGGUAGCAGAAAACAUUAAAGUCGAAAUACAAGCUAUGCACGACGAAGUUGAAGAAAUUGAAAGAGAAUUAGAUAGAAUAAAAAGGCAAGAGGAUGACUUAACACGGCAAAUUGAUGAGAUAGAAGAGAAUCGGAGACGAACAGAGGAAGAAUUAAAUAGGCUAGAGCAUACUAUCCAUUUAGAACAAAGCAAGUUGGAUAUGUUAAUCAAUGAUAAGCAAGGGCUAGAAGAAGAGAUCCAAGAUUUAGAGAAGGAAAUCAGAGCAGAAGAGGAACUGCCAGAAGCAGUCGAUCUAGAAUUGGUUUUAUUAAGAAAUUUUGGGAUAAGAGUGAACUACGAUUACCAAAAAACCCGUGUAGAGAGUAUCACUAUGUGCUCCCACAAUCAUCAAGACAUACGUACUGUGCCUUAUAAACCCAAUCGUCCCACGCGCGCAACUGAGGCUGCAUGGAAUUUUAUCUCUCAAGCACUCGAAAAUACCACAGAAGGAAAUGAUAAAUGGUGACAGUGAAGAAAUGAAGAUUACAUCAAUUCAACUAUACUUUUUACACAUACAUCGAUAAUUUGUACAGUUUGCUUACAUAACCAAAAUUUAUACAUUUAAUAUUUAUUCAUUUUUGCCAUUAGAAUGUUUAUAUGAUCAGCCUCACUCACUAAUCACAUACUUCAGCGCAUACG